UGCACCGCUGGUCCCCUUGCUGACAGCAUUUGAUUAUCUAGAACAAGUGUCGGCGCGCACACAAAGCGUCCGGUUACCUCUGGCACAAGACAAUUCUUCCCCUUUAUCCGCUGGGCUAUUUUUGGUUGUCGCUGCUGCAGCUGAUUGCAAACGUUUUAUGGCCCUCCCUGAAUUUUUGGCAAGCUCGUUCUCUUGUUCGAAGCUUCUCACUUGAGAGAAGGCAGUGGAAAAGCUGCUAUCUGACCAGCGCCGAGUAUAAGCAACGCUUUCCAAGGCACCCUCCCUUCGUCCCACGCGACGUCGGAUACGACAGUGGAUUGCCGGAGAAGUCGCGUCGCUAAUCAAGAUAGUUCGCCGUUUCGCUUCCAGAGAGGACUAGCUUACUCGCUUGUUUGCAGGUCCGCUUGAGGGAUCCAGAGGGGCGUGUGCGCUCAGCUUGUCAAAAAGCUCAGGACGCAGCGGCAGUGGUGCCGAGAAGUAGAACAUCUGAAAGGACGCUUUUCUUUUAAGAGUCAACAUGGAUAUCACCCCCAUCCCAGUGGUCACGGUGCAGACAUCUCCGUAUGACGACCAAAGACCAGGGACCAGCGGUCUUAGGAGACGAACGGUGGUCUUUGAGAGUAAAAGGAAUUAUUUGCAGAAUUUCGUCCAGAGUGUCCUUUCAUCCAUAGACCUGAGAGAUAGACAGGGCUGCACGAUGGUGGUGGGAAGUGACGGUAGAUACUUUAGCCGGACAGCAAUUGAAGUAAUCGUCCAAAUGGCAGCAGCAAACGGGAUUGGUCGUCUGGUUAUUGGCCACAAUGGACUUCUAUCAACCCCAGCUGUUUCAUGUAUUAUUAGGAAAAUAAAAGCCAUUGGAGGAAUAAUUCUUACAGCCAGCCAUAAUCCAGGUGGACCAGGAGGUGAUUUUGGGAUAAAAUUCAAUGUAGCAAAUGGUGGUCCUGCUCCAGAUGUAGUCACUGACAAGAUUCAUCAGAUUAGCAGGACCCUGGAGGAGUAUGCUAUCUGUCCUGACCUCAGAAUUGACCUUUCCAGGCUUGGAAGGCAAGACUUCGACUUGGAGAAUAAAUUUAAGCCAUUCAGAGUUGAAAUAGUUGACUCAGUGGAUGUUUACCUCAGCAUGCUUCGCAGUAUUUUUGAUUUCAGCAGUAUCAAGGGACUCCUGACUGGGCCAGAACAGCUUAAGAUAAGAAUAGAUGCAAUGAAUGGAGUGAUGGGUCCUUAUGUGAGAAGAAUUCUGUGUGAUGAACUGGGAGCACCAGCAAAUUCAGCUGUAAACUGUGUACCCUUGGAGGACUUUGGAGGACAGCACCCUGAUCCUAACCUGACCUACGCUUCUUCUCUUGUUGAAGCCAUGAAGGGUGGCGAGUAUGGUUUCGGAGCUGCCUUUGAUGGAGAUGGGGAUCGCUAUAUGAUUCUUGGUCAGAAUGGAUUUUUUGUGAACCCUUCAGACUCUCUGGCUGUUAUUGCAGCAAAUGUAUCAUGCAUUCCCUACUUCAAGCAGAUGGGUGUCAGGGGAUUUGCUCGAAGUAUGCCAACCAGCACUGCUUUGGACAAGGUGGCAAAGGCAAUGAAGGUGGCACUCUACGAAACACCUACAGGCUGGAAGUUUUUUGGCAAUCUAAUGGAUUCUGGUAGAUGUUCACUCUGCGGAGAAGAAAGCUUUGGUACUGGCUCUGACCAUAUCCGAGAGAAAGAUGGACUGUGGGCCGUGCUUGUCUGGUUGUCUAUAAUGGCUGCUCGAAAGCAAGGUGUGGAAGAAAUUGUAAGGGAUCACUGGGCCAGACUGGGACGCAACUAUUACUGCAGGUUUGAUUAUGAGGGAGUGGACCCCAGGGCUGCGUUUUUCAUGAUGAGAGACCUGGAAGCAGUCAUUACUGACAAAUCUUUCAUAGGACAACAGUUUGCUGUUGGAAACCAUGUAUACAGUGUGGAAAAAACAGAAAAUUAUGAGUAUAUAGACCCUGUGGAUGGCAGUGUUGCCAAAAACCAGGGAUUAAGAAUUUUGUUUACUGAUGGAUCCAGAAUUAUAUUCCGGUUAAGUGGUACAGGCAGCACAGGUGCCACUAUCAGAAUCUAUGCUGAAAGCUACGAACGAGACCCAGAAAAACACAGUAAAGAAAACCAGGCAGUGCUGGGGCCUCUGAUUGCCAUCGCAUUGAAGAUUUCAGAGAUUCAUGAGCGGACAGGGCGUAAAGGACCUACAGUCAUCACUUGAACCCAGACACAUCAACUCAAAAGGGGCCAAAGACAUACUGUGCUUCCAUUUGACCAUUGCUGCCAAAAUAUUAAUCACCGUUGUGCCUUUUACAAGAGUUUUGAAAUUCCAUGUUCUGUUUUACAAGUCCUGUUUUUCAAGCCACAGUAGCCUCCUUAGCAGUAUAACGUUUAUACAGAGCAGUAAUACUGAAUGGGAACCAUAGGCUCUGGUUGUUGUGGAAGUAAUGUAGCCAAGACUUCAAUUACUAAAGGGUUACCAUACCUUAAACAAUAGAUCAAAAUUUUGCAAAAUUAACAUCUAUGUCUGUCAUACCCUAUUUUAUACUAAUUAGAUUCAUUAUUAUGGAACAUCACCUUGAAUCUGAAAACACAACACAACACUACACUUUGCUCAAGCACUCUGUUCUAUUGUAAUUACUUAUUUGAAGUAUGUAUUUUUGUGAGUGACAACAUUUUAACACCUUAAUCCAAGACAAUGCAGAUUUUAGUUCUGAAAAAGCUAAUGUUGAUGAAACUACAUACCGCUGCAAAAAUAAAAAAUCUUUAUAAAAAUUCAGCAGGUUUUCUAUCAGAGUUAAAUUAUGCAUAGCUUUAUACUUUCUGCAUUUACUUUAUGAAGCGUCUGGACCUCCACUACUGCUAUCACUUGCAAGUCGCUUUCCAGACAUUUUGUUUUAAGGGUUACACAUUUAAACCUCCAGAAAAGUAAAUUUUGAAUCCAGUAGCUCUUUCUUUUCACAAUUGUCUUUCUUUUAUUGAAAAGUGUUUAUGCACAUGUGUCAACUAUGUAACCACUUCUAAUCACUUCUCACGCUUUGUCCACUGUACGACACACUGUCUAGGCAUAAACUUGUAUGGUCUGAAAUAAACAGCACAAAAAUCAUGCACUUACUGUACUGUACAUAUAUAUUUAUUCUAAUUUCUUCCAAAAUGUAUUAAGCAUUAAUUUUAUGCACAUUAUUUGAAUGGCAGAAUUUAUUACAGACAUUAAAGUUAUUUUUGUGAAAAUCUUAUAAUUGAUUUUCCACUUAUCAAGCAAUAUAAUAUAAAUACAAUUCCUAUUACAGGACUGACACCAGAGCUGCUUUUUAACCACCAUGCAUUUUUCCUCAGGCACUUAUUCAUAUUUACGUUUGCUUUAAAAGCACGUACAUCUUCAAAAACCUCUGAAGAUAUAUACACACACACAUCAUUUACUGUAACAGAAAAAAAUAAGAUCACUUGGCAGCUAAAACUAAAAGAAUUGCUUUUGAAGGAUGGAAGACACUCUGGCUAAAUGAGAGGCAGUGAUACUUAUGACACUUUACCAAAUGGUCCUCCAAGAUCUUUUUGACAAAACACAGUCUUAAAUAAAAUAAGGCUGUGUGUAACUACUUUAACAUCAAGUUGAUGUAUACAUUUUAAUGCCUCUUUUCAUAAAGCUGGUGUGAUAAAGAUCACUUUUACGUGCUGUGCUCCAUUAGAGGUUUUUUUGUCCUGUUCAGAAUGUGCUACAGAUGGUAAUGCAGAUAACUUGGUCACCCUAAAGUGAGGCACCUCUGUUUAAAAUAUUUUUGCCCUGUAACGACACAUUAAGUAAAAGAAAAAAAUUGGUGAUAUACAGUACAAUUAUUUGGUUCACUUUUGUUGGCUGCCACUGUAUUUGGAAAAAAGGCAGUUAAGGUCUAUAGUAAACAUAAAAAGAGUAUUUGAUACACAAUAUUUAUUUUAUUAUAGCCUAUGUUCUUUAAAAAAGUGAAAGUGAAAACACAAGAUUAUGUUAUUCAAAAAGUGACAUAACAGUGUAAUCAGGAUAUUAAAAUUAAAUCCCAGAAAAUCAAAUAUGGAAAAAAAUAACCAGAAUGAAUACAACUAAAUUUUAUAUGCAAAGGAUCAUGACGAUAUUCAUAUAUAAUCUAGAACUCGGUCAAAGUAAUCUACAUCCACAUGAGAUCAUUAAUCUAACUUGUUACAGUGGUGCAGUGCUGCUAAAAGUACCAAAGUAACACUUUCAGACUCUGUUAACUCAUUUUUAUAUGUAGAAUAAAAUAUUUUUGGUCAGCUACUUUAUUUCAUAUUCCUACCCAUGCAUUACCUGAAAAGCUUAAAGACAUAAGGGAUCACUUUUGGUUCUGAAAGUGUUACUUGAGUCCAUAAUGUUUUAUCAAGAAAAUACAACAUACAGUGGCAACAGCGUUUCAGUGCUGACAAUAUAAACAAUAUGACAUCCGGAAAAACCCUUAGAAAUAUUUCCAAAAUAACCUACUGCACAUAGCACACAGUAAUAUAUUCCAAUGAAUUCUCCAUAUGUGCGUAAAAACCCUUAGAUAACUCUGAAAAUAAAGAACGUAGAAAAGAUAAUAACAAAUGAAACAAAAUUUAAUCAUAACACCUUUACAUGAUCAGCUGCAGCUGAUCAGAAAUGAACAACAUAGUGCUGACAAUUACGUACUGUAAAGUAAAAAACACGUACAAAAGCACAAUAACAAAAUAUCCUGUGCGCAAGCAAUGCACAGAACGCACAAAGAAAGCUAAAAAUGCCUUGGUAUUUCUAAAUCCCUUUUAUGAAGGACAUGGCCAGUGCAUGCACAUUGCACUCCAGUUCUGCACACACGCAGGCACUUGAGCCUCACAAUGUGCCCAAGAUCACUACAAUGGUGUCAUUCUAUUAUAGUCACAUUUUAAUCCUGCAACAAAAGAAAACAACAGCACAUCAAAAACACAAGAGCUUUCUUAACAAUUUACAUCACAUUGCUUACAUUUGUAAGUUGCAAGUCCUUUCCUCCUGUGUUUCAUUUUGUUUUUGUUUGCUCAUUAGUUCAAAC